AUGAAACUGCGAAUAAAUAACAGAGUGAAAGAAAAUUCUUACUAUGAGUAUUCCAUCAAGUAUGGAACAUACGACAUAGAAGAGGUGGUGGAAUACAUAAAAAAAAACUCAUUUUUCAAAAGAUGCAGUAAUAAUGAGAAUGAUACAUUAGCGAGGCCUGCUAGUAGUGAUAAAGACAGUGAUAGUAGCACUAGUAGUAGUUUCAAUGAUACACUUAAUGGAGUUCACAAUGACAGAAGAGAAUUAACCUUCCAAGGGAAACUCUUGCAUCUGAUGAGAGAAGAAAAAAAAUAUAUGAGAAAUAACCCACAAAAGCAAUGUGAAGAACCAAAGGGGAAGGGAAAGACUAAGGACGAUGAGGGUAACGGCCUUGAAGGAGUGGAAGAUGGACUGAUGUAUUUAUAUGAGAAAUGUGAUCAAAUUUUAAGUAGCGGAAAAGGAUUUGGAGGAAACACAGAUAGGUAUAUUAUUAUGAAUAAAAGGAACGAAAUUAAAAAGAUAAGUUUAAACGAAAUAAACGAACUAAUUACUGAAAUUAUUUACAUAACUAUGAUAAAAGAAGAUUUAGAAAACAGUUUACUAGAUUUGUUAGGAGAAGAACACAUAGAUUUUAUAAUAAAUAUUAUUAAAUGUAAAGAAAAAAUAAAAAGAGAUUUAAAGCUGUUAAGUAAAUAUGUAGACGUAAAGGAAAAGGUUCUAGCAUCUAACUUUUUCAUAACUGAUAAAACAGCAAACGGAAUCAAUAAUAAAAAGAAUGUAUUAAAUAAAAAAGAAAAUAUUGAAAAAAUUGUUGAAUUCUUUUUAUAUACAUUAAAAGAAAACAAUUUUGGAGAUGUAAAAAAAAUUUAUAUACCUAAUGAAGAAAACAAAUUAGAAGAAAUACAAGUACCAAAAAAUACUUCAUAUUCUUACACAGAUAAUGUUACAAAAGUCAAAAUUAGCAGAUUACAAAAUUUCCAAUUCAGUAAAGACGAGUUAGUUCCUGUUACCACUUUACCAUUUUGGCAUAAAUACAUUUUUGAGUUCGAACAUUUUAAUUAUGUCCAAUCCAAAGUUUUUAAGGCUGCCUUUCAGACCAAUAAAAAUCUCCUGGUAUCCGCCCCCACAGGCUGUGGAAAAACUAACAUUGCUUUGUUAGUCAUACUCCAGCAGAUUAAGCUUUUUUGUGAACAAAACUGCAUUAACCUGGAAAAAAUCGCCAAAUCGAGUUUGAUACGCAGCGGGGUUCAAGUAAUGGAUCACCAGACAAGCAAUGAUAACAUGAUGAAUGACAACGUGAUGAAUGACAGCUCGAUGGAUGAUAGCGGGGUGGUUGACCAGAUAAGUAGCAAGCACGUCACGGAUGAUCCCCUAAAUGAUCACCCCUCGAGCGAUGAGGCCAGCAGUUACAACGAUCGAACAGAAUCCUACGGAGGAAACUACAUAAAUGCAAAGGAAUUCAAAAUUAUAUAUAUAGCCCCAAUGAAAUCCCUCGUUUUUGAAAUAACCAACCUGUUUCAAAGAAAGCUGAAGAUUUUUAAUUUAAAUGUGUGCGAAUAUACAAAGGAACACAGCUUGACUUCGAAACAGUUGGAACAAGUGCAUAUAAUAGUUACAGUGCCUGAAAAAUUGGACAUCCUUCUUAGAAAUAGCAACUACUCCACUACUGUAUCUGACGAAUCUUUAAUUAAACAUAUAAAAUGUCUCAUUCUUGAUGAAGUUCAUUUAUUAAAUACAGACAGAGGUGAUGUUAUUGAAACGAUAGUUGCUCGAUUUUUAAGAUAUUCUGAAACUUCCCAAUCGGUGAGAAGAAUAAUGGCAAUGUCAGCCACACUACCAAAUUACAACGAUGUGCGAGAUUUUCUCAAAGUAGAAAAGGAUAUGUGUUUCUAUUUUAAUGAAAGUUAUAGAUCUAUCCAGCUAGACAAAACAUUAUACGGAAUACAUGAAAAAAAUAUGAACAAAUUAAAUAUAGCCAAAAAUAUGUAUGCUUAUGGAGAAAUUAUAAAUUCCCUGAAAAAGGACAAACAAUGUAUCAUUUUUGUAUGUUCAAGAAAUGAAACUAAUAAAACUAUACAAUUCAUGAUAGAUUAUGCUAUAAAAAAUAAUGAGAUUGAUUACUUUGUUACUAAUCUUUACACAGAUAAUGAUAUAUGUAAAAAAAUUAAAAAAUCUAACAAUAUAUAUGUAAAACAAUUUUAUGAAUUUGGUUGUUCUAUACAUCAUGCUGGCAUGUCUAGAUCAGACAAAAUAUUGGUUGAAAAUUUAUUCAAAAAAAAGGCUUUCAAUGUACUAUGUUGUACAUCAACCCUAGCAUGGGGUGUAAAUUUACCAGUACAUACUGUCAUCAUUAAAGGAACAAAUUAUUUUUCUUCAGAAAGUGGAAAAAUGGAAGAUUUAGACAUUCUAAAUAUUAACCAAAUAUUCGGAAGGUGUGGGAGACCACAAUAUGAAGAUCACGGACAUGCCAUUCUAAUAACAGAAAGGAUCAAAUUGUAUAAAUACAUAAAAUUAUUAACAAAUAAUACCAUCAUAGAAUCUAGUUUUCUAAAAAAUAUAGAAAAUCAUUUAAAUGCAGAAAUAAGCAUAGGAACAACUAAAAAUGUUGAAGAUGGAAUCAAGUGGCUAGAAUAUACAUACCUCUAUGUGAGAAUGAAAAAAAAUCCGUAUCUCUACGAUGCAGAUUUGAAAACAGAUAUACAUUUGUACAAGAAAAGAAAAGAAAUUAUUUUAAAAGCAAUUCAAAACUUGAGUGAAAAUAAACUAGUAAGGAGAGUACUACUAACCAACGAUUUUAUAGGAACCUUUUACGGUCACAUAGCAGCCAAAUAUUAUGUAGAUUAUCAAACCAUUGGAAUUUUUGCUUCAAAUAUAGAUAGAAACAAUUAUGUGGAAAUUAUUGACGUUAUUAGUAAAGCAAAAGAAUUCGAAAAUAUACAAAUUCGAAACGAAGAUAUGAACGAUUUUUUAUGGCUAAAAACGAAGUGUGAAAUUAUGGAACAGUAUGAUGAAUCCAAAUCCAUGACCUUACAUAUUCUAAUUGAAUCAUAUCUCAGAAGAAUACAAAUAAAUAACUUUUCUCUUAUAUGUGAAAUUAAUUAUGUAAUACAAAACAUUAUUAGAAUAUUAUAUGCAUACUAUGAAAUAUGUUUAAAUAUACUAAAAAAUAUUUCAAACUUAAUUAUGAAUACGCAUAAUCUUAUUGUCUCCAUUCUGAGAAGACUACCAUUAAAUUCCUGUGUUUUCAGACAUUUCUGUUAUAAAAAUGAGUUGCUCGAAAAAAAAAAUAUGCCAUUUUCUAGCUAUCAAAAUAAAGGAGAGGAAAAUAAAAUCAACAAUCCAAGUGAUAGCACAACUUUUCAUUUAAAUCAUCUCCCAUACACAGGUAAGUUUGUAAACCCAACAGAAAUGUGCGAAGAGCAAGAACAUACCCAGCAUAAUAACAAUGUUCACACCUAUCAAGGGAGGUAUAGAAGAAAUCAAAAUUACACUGUAUACUUAAAAGAAUCAGUUGUGCACAUAUUAGAAAAUAAGAAGCUGACAUAUGAAUCUAUUGACUCAUUAACAAAAAGCGAACUUUUAUUCUUCCUAAGAAAUGAAGUGUACACGAACCAAAUUUUAUACUAUAAGAAUAUCAUACCUAAUUUACACAUUGAAGGAUAUAUUCAGCCUAUUACUCAAACGAUUAUGAAAAUAAAUCUUCAAGUACAACUGAUUAAUUCUAUCUGGUCAGAUCAAUGGAAUGAUACACAAGAAAAUUUUAAUCUAUUCUUAUUAAAUACUCUAAAUAAUGAUAUACUGUAUUUUCAAAAAUUUUCAAUUCAUAAAAAAGACAGGAAAAAAAUUCAUGACAUUUCUUUCGAAUUUCCUCUAUCUAAUCAAAUGCCUCCACAAAUAACCGUGCAGUUUCUAUCUAUGAAUUGGUGCAAUUUAUCCUACGUCCAUAUUUUCAAUACCAAUAACUUGUUCAUUAAUCAGAAGAUAAAUAUUUUCUCGGAAAUACUCCCAGUCGUCCCUUUGUCUACUCAAGUACUGAAGAUACCUAGCUAUAUCAAGUUCUUUCCAUUUCAGUAUUUCAACCCAAUUCAAACUCAGAUGUUUCAUGCCACAUUCCACACGGACGAAAACAUCCUCCUUGGAGCACCAACAGGAAGUGGGAAAACCGUUAUCGGAGAGCUGUGCAUACUGAGAAAUAUACUCCGAGAGGAAAAGGAAAAGUCCGUGUACAUAUGUCCAAUGAAAGCCAUCGUAAAUGAGAGAUAUAAAAGUUGGAUGAAAAAAUUUAAGAAUUUGCUUAACAAAAAUGUAAUAGAAUUAACAGGAGAUAAAAAUGAAAAUAAAGAAAAUAUCGCAGAUAGUGAUAUAAUAAUAUGUACUCCAGAAAAAUUAGAUGUUAUAUCAAGAAAUUGGAAAAAUAAAAAAUUUAUGAAAAAUAUAAGUUUAGUAAUUUUCGACGAAAUACAUCUCCUUGGACAAGAAAAUAGAGGAGGAGUAAUUGAAAUAUUAAUUAAUCGAUUUAAAAAUAUGGAACAGUAUUUAAAUAAAAGAAUAAGAUUAGUUGGAUUAACCACAGUCAUAACAAGUGUCGAUGAUUUAAUAUUAUGGUUAGAUGUAAAAGAAAAUUAUCUUUUUAAUUUCCCCUCCUCUUGCCGUAUAGUACCUUGCAAAACCCACAUUCUAGGAUUUACUCAAAAGGCAUAUUGUGCACGAAUGUCAGUUAUGAAUAAAAAUGUAUUCGAUUCUAUUCAUCAAUAUGCACAUUCAAAAAAUGUUCUCAUAUUUGUUUCUUCAAGGAGGCAAACAAGAGUUACAGCAUAUGAUAUAAUUUCUCUUAACUUAAGUUCGCAUAAUCUCAACUUUUUACAUACAGAAAAUUUGUUAAAUGAUAAGAAUCACAUACAGUUUCUUCUAAACGAUGGUAAGAGAAAAGAUGGAAGAAAAAAAAAAAAAAAAAAAAAAUUUUUUUUAGAAUAUGAAAAAAAAAUCUCUGAUCAACAAGGCAAUAAUCACAGUAAAAAUUAUGAGAAAUAUGGGAACAAUCACAAUAUGGAUAAUGAUGACAAUUGUAAUGUCUUAUCCACAUUUGAACAACAAGAAGAAUUAGAAAAGGUAAAUCAAAACAGAAAGAACAGAAAUGACAAUAUAACAUACGACAUAUUGGACAACAUUUCCUUCAUGAACAAAAACCUAUGUGGAGAAGAAAAGACUCAAGUUGCUAACGUACUUUUUCAAAAUUAUCUUAACAUAAUCGAAAACGAACAUUUAAAAGAUUUACUGAAAUAUGGAAUAGGAAUUCAUCACGCUGGAUUAUGUGAAAAUGAUAAAAAUAUCGUAGAGUACUUUUUCUUAAACAAAGUGAUACAAAUACUUAUAUGCACCUCUACCUUAGCAUGGGGUAUCAACCUACCUGCUUAUCUAGUAAUAAUAAAAGGAAACGAGUAUUAUGAUGCAAAAACAAAAAAAUAUAAAGAUAUUUCAUACACAGAUUUACUACAAAUGAUUGGUAGAGCUGGUAGACCACAAUUUGAUGACAAAGCUUUAGCCAUAUUACUAGUUCAAGAAAAAAGAAAAAAUGCAAUAAAAAAUUUUCUUUAUCAUUCAAUGAAUAUUGAAUCAAAUAUUACAGAAAAUUUAAAUGAACAUAUUAAUGCAGAAAUAUGUUCGAAAAUUAUAAAUAAUAAAGAAGAUAUAUUUAAUUACUUAACCAAGUCCUACUAUUUUAAAAGACUCUUUUCCAAUCCAUCCUAUUAUAUCAAAGAAGUACAAUACGUUCAACUUUUUGAAAAUAAUAAAUUAUCCAAUCAAGCAAAAAAGGUUAUAUAUGAACAUCUUAAUAAAAUUAUAGAUAAUACUAUCACAUUCCUAGAAAUGAAUAACUGCAUACAAGUUACACUUGAGGACUAUACACACAAGUAUUCUUCGACUCCUCUUGGCCAUAUUGCAUCUGUUUAUUACCUAAAGUGUGAAACCGUAUCUUUUUUUUAUAAAAUCAUAGAGGAAUAUUCUAGGAAAGAUGAAAAUAUGCAUUCAACAAAUUGCUCAAACGGAGAUACCAAUGGAAUGCUAGAUCAAGAAGAAACUUUAAGAAUACCUCUGGAACCACCUUCAAAUGGCUCAGAGAAGGGAGAGGAAAAUAUGGAUCCCACAAACGGAGCAGCAGAGGGAACCUCAAACGGAGUAGUUGUAGAAACCCUGGACACAGAACACCACUUUGCAGAGAAUAAAAAGAACUACACAAAAUGCAACGUGUCGACAAAGGAACUGGACUUUUACGGUCUCUUCACACUCAUUGCACAGGCGAAAGAAUUCGACGAUAUUCCCCUGAGACACAAUGAAGACAAAUACAACGUGAAACUGAGAAAUCAAAUUCCAUUAGAUAUCGACAUGAACAUGAAAAAUGUAAAAACAUACCUCCUGCUUCUUUCCCGUUUGUAUGAAUGUACAUACGAAACUGUAGAUUAUCACAUCGAUUUGAAAUUAGUUAUGGAUCAGAUAGCUAGAGUCAUAAAUGGAUUCAUCGAUAUAUGUUUAUUAUUUGGUAAAUAUAAUUAUAUAAAAACUUUAAUUUUAAUUUAUCAAUGCAUAAACCAAAGGAUUCAACCCAACAAAAAUUCACUACAUAUAAUUAAAGACAUAAGUACAAAUCAGAUAGAUAAAUUAGCCCAAUUACAAAUCAAAAAUUUAAAGGAUCUAAUAAAGUUUGAUAAAUCAUUUCUAUAUUCUCUCAACAUCUUUGACACAACGCAACUCGAUUUUAUUUUUCAAAUACCCUUACUAACCAAUACUAUAAAAUUGUUCGAUAAAAAUAUAAAUAUUAAUAACAACACCAAGGAACAGAAAUGUGACCUUAUUAAUAUCCCAUGUAUUAAACACAUAAAGGAUGAAAAUAAAUUUUUCUUUAAAAUGAAACAUCAUGAUCCGAAUCAAAUUGUCAUCAAAAUUUUUUUCAAUUUUUUUAAUAAAAUCACGCGGGAUACUAAUUCUAAUGCUAUCUCCAGAGCGAAUACGCAAUGGUAUGCCAUCCUUCAUGACAUCUCACAAGACAUAUCAAUUUCCAUUAAACGGUUCAGCAAUUGUCCCUUAAAAAAAACAUCAUCCGUCUCGUUUAUCUUGGAAGACCUGAUCAAGGGGACCUACCACUUCACAGUUUACAUACAUAGUGACACAUACUAUGGAAUAGAUCACGAGGCACACUUACAGAUUUGUGUUGAAUAA